GAGUGAGGUUUUCAAACAGUUCUCCAUGAACCACGUUUCACAGAGAUUAUCGGUAAAUUUGUCCACUUUGGAAUGAUCUCCAGAUCUUCACACAAACUACAGACAAGGAAACAAAAUAUGCAUCUGGCAAAACCAUUUUUGUUGCUUGUUCCGUUGCAGAAUGUACUUCCUGUUUGCAGAGUGACACGUUCUCUGAAGCAAGAUGUUUUUGUGGAAAGUUUAUGAUGUGGGGAUGUGAAGCUGGUGAGUGGGUUUGAACAGCAAGGUUUUCACAGUGUGGUUUAGCCAUGGGCUGUAUCAGCGUAACUCCUCAAUGCUGCAGGAACACCGAUGAACAGGAACAAGAGGACCUGGUACAAAUACCGAGCAUCAGGCACACUACCCCUCCAGUAAGUGGACGAGAAGCUGCCUCUGCGCCCGAGCUGGAUAAGCUGAUAGGUCCCGAGAAGAGUCAGCAUGCUUUAAGCGAUCAUUUGCUUGAGGAUCGUCUCGAAGAAUUGUCUGGGGUUGAGUUACUCUGGGGGAAGUCACGCAGAGACCUGGAGAAGAUUAUCUGCACUGAACCCAUUAUUGGCUGGGAAGGAGAGGACAUCAGAUCUCUGGGGGAAAUUGUGUGGUCGUCCUCAGCAGUUCUUCAAGACAAGUACACUCAGGAAGAGAGCAGGAGGCACCUGGUCCUCUUCCCCCUACACCUGCUGAUUCUGGCUGUGAAUGAUGAGGAGCAGAGGUUCAUUUACCAGGGCCUGUUGCCUCUGUCGGGGAUUUCGGUCAGAAUGUUAGUGAAGAACACAUUUGAAGUUACAGGCUCAAUGUUCGACUCCAGGAUAAUAAUAUGUCCAAACGAGGAAGAGUUCAGAAUAUGGAUGGCUCAUUUACCACGAAGAGUGAAGAAGGCUUCGCUCUAUCGGGCACACAAGCAGCACAAGCUGGCCAUGUUGAUUCCUUGUGAUGAAGCAUGGAAAAGGCAAGAGCUAGAAAAGUACCUGCUGCAGAACCCCAUCCAGGGCUGGGAGGGAACCCCCAUUCAGCACAUGGGAGACAUCAUCUACUUGUCCAUGGUGCAAGUCAGCUUUGCACAGAGCCAGAGGUUUGAGGAGAGGAUCAUGGUUUUAUUUUUGGACGAUCUCAUUAUACUUUCCACUGAUGAGCAGAAAACAGCAGUUCAGUAUGAAGGAAGACUUCCUACUCAAAGCAUCAGAGCUUUGGAAAGAUCAGCACGGGUUGGACACCUUGAGUUUGAAAUUACAGGAGAGAUGAUGGAACCUGUGAAGGUGUCCUGUGCCAAGCCCAGCGAAUAUAAAAAAUGGUUUUUCCACCUCCAGAAGCCGGACUACAGCACCAACACUCUGCCUUUCAACCAGCAACUGCCACCCAGGCUGCCGAAGAAGAGGAGGAGCUGCCAUUACUAGAGCCUUCGCUGCACAGAACCAUGACUCAAGCCCAGGACUGUUUACACCUGGAAACUGAAGGAUUCAGAGCUUUGACACAACACGUAGAGACUGACAUUGGGUCUGAACCUGUCUCAAUAUGUUGCCAGGACCUUGCUUCUUUGGGAUUCAUUGUUGACCAUGCUAUCCCACAUCACCAGACAACUGGCAGCUUCACUGAGCCACCAGUCAAUGAACUCACUCAAGUGUUGCCUAAGGAGGAGACACAGAUCCCAGCAGCCCAUGGACACAAGAUCCCAGCAGCCCAUGGACACAGAUCCCAGCAGCCUGUGGACACAGAUCCCAGUAGCCCAUGGACACAAGAUCCCAGCAGCCUGUGGACACAGAUCCCAGCAGCCUGUGGACACACUGAUCCCAUGGAAGCAGAAGUGUGAUGUGGAGAAUUGUUCCAGGUGCUUUAGGCUCAGCACCUGCCAAAAAAUUGUCCCCAGUUCCAGCCCUGGCACGUGACGUUCAAAUGAAGAAUGUACUUUUUUUUUAAGUUAAACUAUUUGUUAAAUGAUGAUCUUCAAGCUUCAGUUUCUAAAGGUCCUGGUGCUGAGACUCUUUAAUUUUCAAAACAGGAAACAUACCGCUUCCUGUCUGCACUGUGCCAGAGUGUGAACUGAGGUUGUGAGUGCAGGAUUGCUUGUAGUUGAACGCCAUCUGUGUGCAGUAUUGGUAGAUGAACAUGUGAAAGGUCCUUACCUCAUUAGAAACAGUAUAGAACACUUUUAACUGUGAAAUAACCUCUCAACUUUACAAUCCAUUGGGCAAUCUAAUCAUCUCCCAAUGGGUUUAUGUGCUGCAGUAGUGGACAAUAACUUUGAAAACAUUUUGUAGUGGGAUUCUGACAGUGUGUACAAAAGUCAGUAGUUUCCCUUGAGGUAAGUUGCCUCAAGUUUGGGGAGGAAGUGCCAGUGGGAUGAUGAAGAAUUGUCUCGUGGGCUGGAUGGGGAGGGGAGAAGAAUCAAAAGUUCUGAAAAGAAGUUUGUUUGUAGUUGUUAAAGCACAUACUUGUGGAACCAUGAGGGAAGAGCAGUGAGUGUGACUGAUUGGAGACUCGUUCACAGAGCCCACACAGUCUGGAUAGGCUGAAUGGUCUCUGCCUGUGGCGUGGUUCAGGCUUAUCAGUGUUGACUGAAUGAAAACUCUUCCAAGCUCAUUAAGUGGCAUUUAGAUUUAGAAAGAUGGGUGUUGUCUCAAAACUCGCCAAGGCUUGCACUAAUAGUCCAGAGAUCAAGUCCAAUCCUACCAUAGAACCACCUAAAAAGCUAGGAUGAUCAUGAAACCCCGCAUGGUUCACUGAAAUCCUUCCAGAAAUGUACUCUUAGUUAUCCCAGAUUUCACUCGAUAAUCUGCCAGUCAUUAAUUAAUUGUACUGUAAACUAAUUCUAGCUAUUGGAGAGGAUUCUUAGGGAUAGGAUUUAUGAGUAUAUGGAGAGUUGUGGCUUAAUUAGGGACAGUCUGCGUGGCUUUGUGCAGGGCAGGUCAUGUCCUACUAACGGUUGAGAUUUUCGAGGAAGUGACGAGGGUGAUCGAUGAAGGUAAAGCUGUAGAUAUUGUCUACGUGGAUUUUAGAAGGAGCCCGGCAGCCAUUGGAGCAGCAGGUCCCUUUCAGGUCCUCUGAGUGUAUUUAAAACGCUUAACAGGUGGAGGGCAACUGAAGGGUUAAACAGAGUGUUGAGUGGUUGAUUAUUGGGAGUGUGUACUUGAGGUAAUUGGCAGGGACAAAUAUAAGGAGUAACUGAAGAGGAGCAGCCCUGGGUAAGAGUGGAGCUUUGAUGAGCAGAGGAAGAGCUUCCUCCCAGAGAGGCAAGGUUGGUAAGUUCCUUUAAUUUAAUUAGCUUAGGAGUAGGUAGUGCUGGCAACAGCUAGGGUGGUCGUGUGCUCUGUAUGCAGUAUGUGGGAAGUCAGGGAUAGCACACUUGUCCCUGAUGACUACACCUGUAAAAGGUGCAUCCAGUUGCAGCUCCUGGCAAACUGAGUUAGGGAACUGGAGCUGGAUGAACUCUGGCUCAUUUGUGAGGCAGAAAUAGACAGGAGUUUCAGGGAGAUAGUCACCCCUAAAAGUCAGGAGGCAGGUAGCUGGGUGACUGUCAGGAAAGGGAAGGGGUAUAGACAGAAAGAACAGAGCACCCCUGUGGCUGUUCCUAUCAACAAUAAGUAUACUGUUCUGGAUACUGCUGGUGGGGAUGACCUACCAGGGACAAGUUGCAGUGGUUAUGUCUCUGGCAGCUCAAAGGAAGGAGGGAGAAGAGGAGAGCAGUAGUGAUAGGGGAUUUGAUAGUUAGGGGGACAGAUAGGAGGUUCUGUGGGAGAGAUUGAGAAUCCUGGAUGGUCUGUUGCCUCCCUGGUGCCAGGGUCUCUGAUAUCUUGGAUUGAGCUCUCGAUAUUCUCAGGAGGGAGGGUGAGCAGCCAAAUGUUGUGGUCCACCUAGGGACCAAUGAUGUGAAUAGGAAAGAGGAGGAGGUCCUGCAAAGUGUUUAAAGAACUAGGUGCAAAGUUGAAGGACAGGACCUCCAAGGUUGCAAUCUCAGGAUUGCUACCUGUGCCACGAGCUAGUGAGGCUAGAAAUAGGAGGAUCAUGCAGCUAAAUACGUGGCUAAGGAGAUGGUGCAGGAGGGAGGGCUUCAGGUUUCUGGACAAUUGGGCUUUGUUCCAGGGAAUGUGGGACCUGUUCCGACGGGAUGGUUUGCACCUGAAUUGGAGGGGGACUAACAUUCUUGCGGGUAGGUUUGCUAGUGCUGCUCUGGGGGGGGGGGGGGGGUGGUUUAAACCAGAUUUUCUGGGGGAGGGGAAGCAGAGCAUUAGAGCAGAUAGUGAGGUGGAGGAGGAAAAAGGUCAUGCGAGGACUGCAGGUAUCGACAGAAAUCAAAGGUUUGUGUGUGAUAGAAAUGUUCUCGGGUGCAUCUAUUUCAAUGCAAGGAGUAUUGUAGGUAAGGCAGAUGAGGUUAGGGUGUGGAUUGGCAUGUGAGAUUAUGACAUUAUUGCUAUUAGUGAGACUUGGAUGCAGGAGGGGCAGGACUGGCAGCUUAAUGUUCGGGGUUUCAGAUGUGAUAGAGGGGGAGGAGUGGCAUUACUAGUCAGGGAAAAUAUCACAGCUGUGUGUAGACAGGACAGUCCAUAUGGGUGGAGCUGAGGAACAGGAAAGGUGUGGUCACACUAAUAGGGUUGUAUUAUAGACUGCCCAAUAGUCAGAGGGAAUUGGAGGAACAAAUCUGUAGUGAGAUAGCAGACCGAUGUAAGAAAGAAAGUUGUAAUAGUAGGGAAUUUUAACUUUCCACAUAUUGACUGGGACUCCCACACUGAAAGGGCUGGAUGGCUUGGAAUUUGUCAAAUAUGUUCAGGAAAGUUUUCUAAAUCAAUAUAUAGAGGUACCAACGAGAGAGAAUGCAAUACUUGAUCUCCUAUUAGGGAACCAGGCAGGUCAGGUGACAGAAGUAUGUGUAGUGAGCAUUUUGGGUCCAGUGACCAUAAUGUCAUUAGUUUCAAGUUCCUUAUGGAUAAGGACAGGUCUGGUCCUCAGGUUGUGGCUAAAUUGGAGAAAGGCCAAUAUUGUGGAAAUGAGAGGGGAUCUAGGAAGAGUGGAUUGGGAUAAGUUGUUUUCUGGCAAGGAUGUGUUCAGUAAGUGGAAGGCCUUCAAAGAUGAAAUUGAGAGUACAGAGUUUGCAUGUUCCUGCCAGGAUUAAAGGCAAAGUUAACAAGCAUAGGGAACCUUGGUUUGUCGAAGGAUAUGGUGAUCUGGUUAAGGAAAAGAGGGGCCUAUAGCAGGUAUAGGUAACUAGGAACAAAUGAGGUACUUGAAGAGUAUAGAAAAUGUAAGAAAAUACUAAAGGAAAUCAGGAAGGCAAAAAAGACGAGGUUGCAUUGGCAGAUAAUGUGGAGGUAAACCAGAAGGGUUUCUACAAGUACAUGAAGAUUAAAAGGAUAGUAAGGGACAAAAUUGGUCCCCUAGAAGAUCACAGUAGUUGUCUGUGUGGAGCCUCAGGAGAUGGGGGAGAUCUUAAAACAGUUUUUUUUUUGCAUCAAUAUUUACUCAGGAAACUGGCAUAGUGGAUAUGGAAGGAAGGGAAAUAGGCAAUAGUGUCAUGGAACAUAUAAAGAUUAAAGAGAAGGUGCUUGCUGCUUUACAGUGAAUAAAGAUAGAUAAAUCCCCUGGGCCUGAUGAGAUAUUUCCUUGGACAUUGAGAGAGAGACUAGUGUAGAAAUUGCAGGGGCCCUGGCAGAUAUAUUUAAAAUGUCCUUGGCCACAGGUGUGGUACUGGAGGGUAGCUCGUGUUGUUCCGUUGCUUUAAAAAGCUCAAAGUAAACCAGGUAAUUACAGGCCAGUGAGCCUGACUUCAGUAGUGGGUAAGUUACUGGAAGGUGUUCUGAAAGAUUGGAUAUACAAUUAUUUGGAUAGCCAAGGGCUGAUUAAGGAUAGUCAGCAUGGCUUUGUGUGUGGCAGUUCGUGUUUAAUGAAUCUUGAGUUUUUCAAGGAGGUUACCAAGAAAGUAGAUGAAGGAAAAGCUGUGGAUGUUGUCUACACAGACUUUAGUAAGGCUUUUGACAAGGUCCCACGUGGGAGGUUAGUUCAGACACGAGGUAUCCAUGGAGAGGUUGUAAACUGGAUUCAAAAUUGGCUGUGUGGGAGAAGACAGUGGUAGUGGAUGAUUGUUUCUCAGACUGGAGGCCUAUGACUAGUGGUGUGCCUCAGGGAUCUGUGCUGGGGCCAUUGUUUGUUGUCUAUAUCAAUGAUCUAGAUGUGGUAAAUUGGAUCAGCAAGUUUGCUGAUGAUACUAAGAUUGGAGGCGUAGUGGACAGCGAGGAAGGCUUUCAAAGCUUGCAGAGGGAUCUGAACCAACUGGGGGAAAAAUGGGUGAGAAAAUGGCAGAUGGAAUUUAAUGCAGACAAGUGUGAGGUGUUGCAUGUUGGAAGGACAGAUCAAGGGAGGACAUACACAGUAAAUUGUAGGGCACUGAGCAGUGCGGAGGAACAAAGGGAUCUGGAAGUUCAGAUACAUAAUUCCCUGAAAGUGGCGUCACAGGUAGACAGCGUUGUAAAGAAGGCUUUUGGCAUCCUGGCAUUUAUAAAUCAAAAUAUUGAGUAUAGGAGUUGGGAUGUUAUGGUGAGGUUGUAUAAGACAUUGUUGAGGCCAAGUUUGGAGUAUUGUGUGCAGUUCUGGUCACCUAACUAGAAGAAGGAUAUUUGUAAGAUUGAAAGAGUGCAGAGGAGACUUACUAGAAUGUUGCUGGGUCUUCAGGAGUUGAGUUACAGGGAAAGAUUGAACAGGUUAGGACUAUUCCUUGGAUCGUAGAAGAAUGAGAGGAGAUUUUAUGGAGGUUUACAAAAUUGAGGGGCAUAGACAGUAAAUGUGAGUAGGCUCUUUCCACCUAGAUUAGGAGAGAUCAGUAUGAGAGGACAUGGCUUUAGGGUGAAAGGGGAAAAGUUUAGGGGGAACUUCUUCAUUCAGUGGUGGGAGUAUGGAACAGGCUGCCAUCUGAUGUAGUAAAUGCAGGCUCACUAUUGAGUUUGAAGAAUAAAUUGGACAGAUACAUGGAUGGGAGAGGUCUGGAGGGUUAUAGACUGGGUGCAGGGAAAUGGGACGUGGAAUACUGUUUUGGCACAGACCUAAAGGGCCAAAUGGCCUGUUUUCUGUGCUGUAGUGUUCUAUGGUUCUAAAGCAUUUGACAACAUCCCACAUGGUACUCUCAAUCAGAAGAUUGAGAUGCAUGGGAUCCACAGUAAAUUAGCUGUUUGGAUUUGGAACUGGCUUGCCCAUAGACAGAAGAUAGGGGUCGAUGGGACUUAUUCUGGCUGGAGGUCCAUUGCUAGUGGUGUUCUGCAGGGAUCUGUACUGGGACCUCUGUUUGUGAGAUAUAUAUAUACGACUUGAAUAAAAUUGUGGAUGGUGGGGCAGUAAGUCCACAAUCAAUACAGAGAUUGGUGGUGUUGUGGAUGGUGUAGAAGAUUGCCAAAGGAUACAGCAAAAUAUAGAUCAGUGGCAGAUAUGGGUUGAGAAGUGGCAGAUAUUUAAUCUGCGCAAGUGUGAGGUAUUGCACUUUGAGAUCAAAUGUAAAGAGACAGUACUCAGUUAAUGGUAGGACCCUUACCAGUGUUAAAUAUAUGGAGGGAUCUUGGGAUCCAAGUCCAUAGCUCCCUGAAAGUGGCUGCACAGGUUAACAGGGUGGUAAAGGUGCUAUAUGGAAUGCUUGCCUUUAUUGGUCAAGGCACUAAGUUCAAGAGUCAGGAAGUUAUGUUGCAGCUUUAUAAAACUCUGGUCAGACUGCAUCUAGAUUAUUGAAUUCAAUUCUGGUCACCCCAUUAUAUGAAGAAUGUGGAGGCUUUGGAGAGGGUGCAGAAGGGGUUCAACAGGUUGCUACCUGGAUUAGAGGGUGUGCUGUAAGAAGAGGCUGGACAAACAUGAGUUGUUUUCUCUAGAGCAGCAGAGGCUGAGGGGAGACCUGAUAGAGGUUUAUAAAAUCAUAAAAGGCAUAUAUAGAGUAGACAGCAGUAUUUUCUCCCAGUGUUGAAAUGUUUAAUAUUAGAAGGCAAGUUCAAAGGAGAUAUGAGGUACCUUUACAGUGGUGGGUGCCUGGAAUUUGCUGUCAGGGAGGUGAAGGAGGCAGACGUGAUAGAGGUAUUUAGGAUGCUCUUAGAUAUGCACAUAGAUGUGCAGAGAUGUGAAGGAUAUGGACAUGUAGGCAGAAGGGACAAGUUUAAUUUGGCUUUUAAUUACUAGUUUAAUUAGUUCAGCAAAACGCUGGACAGAAUGGCCUGUUCCUGUGCUGUUUGGUUCUAGCAGACAUCCUUUCCCCUGAUGGUCCAUAAUACUGUGUACUCUUUACCUUUUGACUUCUGAGUGAACUUAUUCCUGUGAUCCUCCUGUGCUCAUUCCCACAUUUGUGUUUGUGGGAACUCUGUCACUGUAGUUACCUGAUAAACACAGAAGCUGAGUUUAUGCACAAAGUACUACUUUGGAUGUAAAGUGCUUUGGGGUGAAAGUAGUGCAAAAUGUGUAACCUACCUGCAUUUUCACUCGUAGUGAAGCAAGGAGCAAUUCCCACUGACUAGGAGUGAUUGGAGAGAUGUAACUGCCUUACUCCCUAAGUGUACCUGCUGAUGCUGGCACUGGACAUCAUUCUGGGGUCUGGCUGCACCAGAGAUCUCCCUGUGGCCAAAGGUCAUAUUAAAUCAGGGGCCUGGGGCUUCUUGGGGCACAGGCUGGGAUACUGGGCAGAAUCAGCUGUGAGAUGUGUGGCCAGACACAGUAUGGAAACAAACCUGGAGAGUAGAUUACAGAAAAUCCAUUUAUGCCGAUUCAUAUCCAAGACCAGUUUUUCCACUGUACCUUGGUACAAGUGACAAUAAUAAACCAAUACCAAUAGUAGCCCAGAUCGCAUGGUUCUGUGGUUUUUCAUGUAACUUCCUGAUGAAGUCAGGGUGACUAAUCCAAGCAGUCCCUGACACUUUCCCUCUGCAUUUUGUAUGUGUGAUGAUGUCAUCAGUGUACACAACAUGUUAUCUACGUCGUCACAGGAGCUGAAGCAACAUUCACAGCCUCUGUAAUUCACACAGAUACCAGUUCACAUGUUGAAUGUACCUACUGCCUGUCUACCACCUGUGACUAAAUUUUGCUGCUCUCUUACAUCAGUCCCAUCACUUCCUGUGGAUGUACGUCAGUUCAAGAGUUCUCUCAAAGACAUUUCCAAAUUGAAAGAAUUCCCAAAAUAUUACUUGUUAUCAUUCAAACAACUGAUAAGAGAUUAUCUUUAUUUGUCACAUGUACAUUAAAACAGUGAAAUACAUCUUUUCAGUGUUCUGGGGGUGGCCCACAAGUGUCACCACACUUCUGGCGCCAACAUAGCAUGCCCACAACUUCCUAACCCGUAUGUCUUUGGAAUGUGGGAGGAAACCAGAGCACCCGGAGAAAACCCACACAGACACUGGGAGAACAUGCAAACUCCUUACAGACAGUGGCAGGAAUUGAACCCAUUUUGAAUUGACUGGAUUGAAUUGGUUUCUUGUUACUCAUUCACUGGCUGAAGUGAGCUGCACUGGUAUAGAGCACUGACCCCUGACCCUCAGCCUAUCUCUAGACCCUGACCAUGAUCCCUCACCCUCUGACCCCAAACCCUCACCUACUCACCCAAAAUCUCACCCCUGAUCCCUGACCCACACCCUCUGACUCCAAGCUCACCUGCUGAUCCCAACCCCCUCACACCCUGACACCUGACCCCUGACCCCUGAUCUUGACCUCAAACCUCACCCCAACUCCAACCCCCACCUCCCCCCACCUCUUCCCCCCCCCCCCCCCCCGACCCUGAAGGUGUUGGGACUGGUGGGGACAGGACUGGUCCCUGAGGCCAGUCACGGGUGCAGUGAGCUGGUGAGCCUGCAGGUAGAGAUCCUGUGCUUUGGCAUCAGGCUGGGAGAUGGUGUUCAACCCAAUGGGUUCUCUCUGAUCUGCUUCCAUUUCUGAUUCAGUUUGUGACAGACAAAGGAAAAUGAAAUCACAUUGUCCCUGGCAUCCUUCUCCCUGUGUGAUCUCUGCCAAACUCAGCCUUGAGCCAGGACAUUGGGUUUCACCUGUUUUCAGA